AUGUGCGUUAAUGAACUUUCUGCGAUAGUUAUAGAUUGCGGUUCGGGUUAUAUUAAAGCGGGAUUUGCCAAUGAAGAUAAGCCGACAACGGUUUUUCCAACCAUUGUGGGUAGGCCGCGUAAAGGUAUAGUAGUCGGAGCCGCCGGACGAAGUUCUUAUGUAGGUGAAGGCGCACAAAGUAUGCGCGGUGUGCUUAGCUUUAAAUAUCCGAUUGAUCGUGGCGUUGUCACCGAUUGGGAGGAUAUGGAGAAAAUUUGGCAGCAUUGUUUUGCUAAUGAACUCUGCGUGGAUCCACAAUUACAUCCUGUACUACUAACGGAAAUACCCAAUAACCCCACAGCAAAUCGUGAACGUAUGACUCAAAUUAUGUUUGAAUUAUUUAAUGUGCCUGCUAUGUACGUCACAGUUCAAUCAAUUCUAUCACUACUCUCGACGGGCAACUUAACCGGCUUGGCCGUAGAUUCCGGGGAAGGUAUCACAAAUAUCGUGCCCAUCUAUGAAGGCUAUCCCCUGACCUAUGCAAUAAACAAAUUAAAUUUGGCUGGCAUGGACUUAAAUGAAUAUCUGAUGAGACUGAUAAAUCAGCGGGGAUACUCAUUAAGUACAACCACAGAAAAGGAAUUGGUGCGCGAUAUGAAAGAGACGAUGUGUUACGUGUCACAAGAUUUUGGAAAGGAACUAAGCACGGCUGAAACAAGAUUGUCUUUAGAGAGUCAAUUCAAGUUGCCCGAUGGAAAUUUUAUUCACAUAGCCAAUGAACGUUUUAUAUGUCCCGAAGCUCUGUUCGAUCCUACCGUUUUAGGUCAUAAGACAGGCGGCAUUCAUAUUAACAUUAACAAGUCGAUAUUGAAAUGUGAUCGUGACUUGCAGAAAAAUUUGUACAAAAAGAUUGUUUUAGCUGGAGGGAAUACAUUAUUUCCCGGCAUAGAGGCACGUUUGAAAACCGAGUUGUCACGACUUGUGCCCGAUUAUACGGUGCAAAUAUUAGCUGAACCGGACAGACAAUAUAGUGUUUGGAAGGGCGGUGCUGCCCUAGCUUCAUUAUCAACAUUCGAAAACAUGUAUAUAACUGAUCAAGAGUACUAUGAAGUGGGUCCGAAUAUAGUAAAUAUUAAAUGUUUCUGA